GCCACCUGUUAAUUAAGCCCUGCUGCAAAAGGGACUCGUCGCAUCGUACCAGUGUUCAACACAAGCAGAGGAGCUGUCACCACCACAGAGCACCUCUCCACAGUUCCUUUCUGGCUCCAGACUGGAAUCCUCCAUUUCACCGGCUCGCCCCUUCAUCACAUCCAGAUCUCACACCUCCACGCCCCGAGGCCCACUGGCUCCAGUUCUCAGAAGCACCUCGGUCGCAUGCUGUGUCCUUCUGGUCAAGCAAGUGGCAAUUAGCAUUUAGUCUAGUGUACAAACACCUUGGGUGGAUUUCCCCACAGACCACACAUCUCACCUUUCUUACAUUUCGCUCCUGUCCAGGUACACCUCGAUUGGAUCUGGCCCAUCACAGAUAGAUUCACCACAGCUCUCGUCUCCUAUCGGACCGCGACCUCGAGUGCUCUUCUCAUCGCCAAAUACCUCCCUCUCCAGCUCCUCCAGCUUCUCUGAAUCCCAACGCUGCUCAAUCAGUCAUCAUGGGCAACAUACUUUCCAUCCUCAACAACAAGACAAUUGGUGGCUAUGCCACCCUUAUUGUUGCCCUUGUAGCCGUCACAUACAUCACGAAAAAUGCCAACCGAGCAAAGCAGCAGAAGAUAGCUUCCCAGAAGCAGCGCGCCCAAGACUCUCGAGACCAGCCCAAGAAGGAGAACAAGGCCAAGAGACAACGGAUGGAAAGCUUCGCUUCUGAGUCUUCCAGACAGCCUCAGCCCAAACCACAAAGCAGGUCGUAUGCCGCAGCCACAGCGUCCACUGCCAAGGAUGACAGCUCCGACGAGGGCAUUGGCAACCGCGAGUUUGCCAAGCAGAUGGUGCAGAACAAGAAGAGCAAGUUUGCGCCCAAGGCCAACAACGAGCAGAAGCAGAAGUCGGUCAAACAGUCAAAGGCUAAGGACCUGGGCCAAGACACACCUGCGGACAACGGCAAGGCAUCGGCUCCUUCUGCCCCGUCUUCCACGGCUGGAAUCGAUGGUGACGACGACCAGUCCUCUGCCGCAUCUCCCGUUGUCUCUGCCGCCGACCCCACCGGCGUCUCCGACAUGCUUGAGCAGCCCAGCUCCGGCCCCUCUGUUCUGCGUCUCACCGACACUGCCGAGAAGCAGCAGAAGCCCAGGCAGGCCAAGUCGCCACAACCGACAGAGACCAAGAAGCAGAGACAGAACCGGCAGAAGGCCGAGAGGGCCAAGGCACAGCGCGAGGAGGAUGAAAAGGUGCGCAAAGCCUUGCUGGAGGCCCAGCGGCGCAGCGCCAGGGAAGCCGAGGGCAGGGCUGCCAAGGAUGGAUCGACAUUUAUGGCUGGCCCCAAGUCCUCCGCAUGGACCCAAGUCAAUGGGAAGUCUGGCAAGUCGGCCCAGUCCGCUCAGCCUGCACCUGCCCAGCCCCUGGACACGUUCGACAACACCCCGAAGGGCAGCGUUGCCGCGUCGUCAGAACCUGCUCAGAAGAAGGAGAGUGUCAAGCAGAACGGUGCUAAGACGAGUUGGGCAGACAUCCCUUAUUCCGAGGAGGAGCAGUUAAAGAUGCUGGAGCAGGAAGCUGAGGAGUGGGUCCCUGUCUCCAAGUCCCGCAAGAAGAAGGCCAAGAGCACGAAUGCUGUCAGCGAGACCGACGAGUCUGCCGCAGAGAACCACACAGCGACUACCGGAACCAAGCCAGCCUCCAAGGCUAACGACGUCAAUGGCCGACCUAAGGCCAAGGCCUUGCCUUCGCAGUCGUCUUUUGCUGCGUUGUCUGACGACGGUGCCAAUCUCGCUGAGGAGCAGGAGCAGGAGCAGGAGUGGGAUGUGUGAGCAGUUUCCUCCAGGAAAGUGUUGGUCUGUCAACUUGAUUCGGCCUCGGUCGAUUCGUUAGAUCUACGCUCCGCUCAUAAACCCACGAGACGAGGCGGACGCAUGCGUCGCGGCCCCUAAUUCAUUUGGACGGGCUCCACAAUGCCGUUCAACAUGUGCAAUAGCGUGUAUUCCAGCUUGGGAGGGAUGGAUUAGGGGAUUGGGGCGCAUUUCACAAAAGUAGGGAUGCUAGCCCAGGCACAAAUAUUCUUUCCGCAAAGAGGACGAAUUACGCGCCGCUCUGAUGGCAAGGGAGGAAGGCUCUGUGCACUGGCAAGGUUGGAUCGGCAGAAUGCGGACUGCGAUUUUCUUUUUGUCUUCUUUUUUCCAAAAAAUUCAGACUCGCGACUGCGAGUAAGUCGCGCUGAUAGUUCUCAUGCGGCCAUGGCAUCCGAUCAACAAGAAACACAUUACUAUU